AUGACAACAGUAGAAGCCAAAGCUGAAGAGGAGGACAAAAAGGAACCAGACUCGGUGUCAGAUCCCGCUCCAGAUCCCGCUCCAGAGGCAGCAACCACACCAGCAUCCGAUCCACCAAGCAGGUCAGGCUCUCCAGAACAAGAAGGCUUCUUCAAUCUGCUGACUCAUGUGCAGGGAGGACGUAUGGAUGAGCAACGCUGUAACGUUCAAAUUGUACAUAGCAAGAGUGGCUCAGACCCACCCCCUGAAAUGGAUAACUUCAUGGAAAUGCUGGCUCAUACACAGAGCCGACGAAUGGACGAUCAAAGAGUCAGCUUCAACUACCUUCCUGGUUUUCAGAGCAGUAACACCAGCAGCCUAUCAGGCUCCGGGGCCACCAAGGUGAGUCUCUUCAGAAAUGGAUGUGAACAGAGGCAGGAUGGCCAUUAAAACCUGCCCAGACAGUAAAGAAGCAGGGUUGGUAAAUCAAUCAAACUGAUUAGGCCAUACACCCUAUUCUCAGACGCCUUUUCUUACUAAGUCUGGAAACAGCCAGAAGUGGCAU